UGCUCUGUUUCACUGCAUUUUUUUUCUUCAGCUGUAAGAGAAAGGCUUGGUGAGCCCGGCUUAAACUGAACAAUACUCCUGUGGGCUGAAUGCAACUUAGGAGGACAGAGCAGCGACAAACAAAGCGACACACACACGCAAUCGAUUCAGAAACAGAUGAUAGAGGAAAAUGUGAAGAUCUUUAGUUGUCACAGUGUUGGAGUAGUCAACAGUAACCGGGAAAGAUGGCGAGGACACAACAGGCUCGCAUGUUUCUAGCCUUGGCUUUGCUGGGAAUUUUCUUUCUCGAUGUCUCGGUGAAAGGAGAGCUGCAGGGAGAGCAACAGGAGGAGGAGAGGUCUUGUCAGGGCGCCUUCGACCUCUAUUUUGUCCUGGAUAAAUCUGGAAGCGUGAAGAAUCAUUGGCUAGAGAUUUAUUCCUUUGUGGAGCAGCUGGCAGAGAAGUUUAUUAGCCCCAUGCUGAGAAUGUCCUUCAUAGUCUUCUCCACACGAGGAAACGUCAUCAUGAAACUGACUGAGAACAGGGAGGCCAUCACUGGAGGCUUAAUGGCUCUGAGAAAGGUUAUCCCUGGAGGCGACACCUUUAUGAACUUAGGCCUGGAGAUGGCUAAUGAGCAGAUAUAUCGAGAGAAAUAUGGGACAGCAAGUGUUAUCAUUGCUCUGACUGAUGGAGAACUGAAUGAGUGGCAGUUUGAUACAGCUCAGCGGGAGGCGCAGAGAGCCAGGUCUAUGGGAGCCAUUGUUUACUGUGUAGGAGUCAAAGAAUUCAACCAGACCCAGCUUGCAACAAUUGCAGAUACUUUGGAACAUGUGUUUCCUGUAUGGGGAGGCUUCCAAGCACUCAGGGGAAUUAUUGACUCGAUCAUCAAGAAGUCCUGUAUUGAGAUUCUAGCAGCAGAGCCGUCCACUGUGUGUGCAGGAGAGAGUUUCCAGGUGGUGGUGAGAGGUAAUGGUUUUCUCCAUGCCAGAAACAUUGACCAGGUUCUCUGCAGCUUCAAACUGAAUGAUACAUACACUGUGGAUGAGAGACCAAAUGGAAUAGAUGAUACCUUCCUGCUCUGUCCUGCUCCUGUUGUAGAGGAGGUGGGGCGGGUGAUCUACCUGCAGGUGAGCAUGAACCAGGGGCUCUCCUACAUCACCAGCUCUGUUCACAUUACUACUACUGAAUGCGUGAGUACAUCCUGCACCACCAACCUUAUUUUAAUAAACUUUCUUUUAACCUUCUUAUUUUGUCUUGGUUCUCUAGUCUUCUUCUUCUCUACUUCCUCUCUGAGGUCUCCUCUGUUGCAUCUGUCAUCAGAGGAGGCUUUUGAUGGCACCAUCGUGCUAAUAUCACUGCUGGUCGUGUUCUUGCUGUUGGCUCUGCUGCUGAUGUGGUGGUUCUGGCCUCUGUGCUGCACUGUGGUGAUUAAAGAACCUCCACCACCUCCUCCUCCAGAGCCAGACUCGGAUGAUGAUGAUGAUGGGAUGCCAAAGAAGAGGUGGCCCACAGUGGAUGCAUCCUACUAUGGAGGAAGAGGAGUGGGCGGCAUCAAACGCAUGGAGGUCCGAUGGGGGGAGAAGGGAUCCACUGAGGAGGGUGCUAAGUUGGACAAACCUAAAAACGCAGUUGUAAAGAUGCCAGAGCAGGAAUUUGAACCUUACGAGCCCAAACCUCGAAAACCACCCCGCCGCCCCCCACAGCAGAGGAGGUGGUACACACCCAUUAAGGGGAAGUUAGAUGCUCUGUGGGCUCUGUUCAGGAGAGGUUACGACCAGGUAUCUCUGAUGAGACCACAGCCUGGAGACCAGGGCCGCUGUAUUCAUUUCCAACGGGUCGAAGUUGGAGAGUCCACCCCAAACAACCAGGCUCCUCCUCGCACACAUCGCCCUCCCUCACCUCCUCCUCCUCCUGCUCCUCUUCUCACAGAACAGAGACCUUUGGUCUCAAACUCUGUCCCCCGAACAAAGCCUCCAUCAAGAGGGCCCCGCACCGCACCACCCUCUCGUGCACCCCCGUCCAUGGUCCAACCCCCUCCAGGUCCGGCCCCAACUCGGGUUCCCUUGGGGCCACCAGGGCCCCCGCCAUGUCGACCUCCACCCAGGCUCUGAUGCUAAAGGGGCCUCCUGAUAUAUCAACUCAUUCCAUUAAAAAAAAAGUUCUCCUUUUGCCCCAAAGAUCCAGAGACAGCACAGAGAUGCAGAAUCUUUUAAGCCGAGAGCUCUGAUUAAAGCUCUGGGCUUUGUUGCUGGACAGCAAAAAAAAUAUUUAUCAGCUACUGAGUUUCAACAAAGGUAACAUUUUUAUAAAAAUAAAUAAAUAAAAGAAAAAGACACAAUUGAAAAAUGAGCAGGUGGUUACUUGAUUAAGCCUGCAUGUAAAGUAUUAGAGGUCAUGAUGAUGUAAGUGGUAUGAGUAAGUGCAAUCCUGGAAACUCAAAGAGGAAAUUAUGUGUUGUUGAAUGUUACAGUAGCUUGUGUAGGGGUGGUGAUUAUUAGUACAUUUGUUUUCUUUGGGUUUGGAGAACAUAAUGUCGAGCGAGGACGUGGUGAAAGAUGAUAGUAAUGUUGAUUAUGACGGCUUUGUUUUUAAUUGUACAAUAUCCGAGGUUGCUACGAAUCAGACUGAUGCAUUGCUUACCCUUUCAACUAAAGAAACUUUUGUCUACAUUCUAGUUAAAAUUUAGUGUAAAAGUCCAGUGAUCUUAUUGCAACUGCAGGGCAGUUUGUCCAGAUUUAAUUUAUUUUAAUACAGGCCCUGUCUGCAUUUGUUUACUAUUUGGUAUCAGGUGGAUUCCUUGGUUUUCAAAUGUUUGACGGCGGUGGAUAAACCAUAAGGAAGCAUUGUGGCAUGGCACGGAUGCAUUUGUGAUCAUAUUAAAGUGAGUUUCAUCAGAAAUUUCAACCUUCAGGGCUCUCCUGUAUAUUUUUAUUUACUGACUGAAAUUAUCAUUUGCAUUAUUUCUUAACAACCUUUUGUG